AUGGCGGAAUCGCAGGCCCCCGUCCUGAAUUCGGUGGCGAUUGCUUUUGCCGUCAUCACCUUUAUCGCCAUCAGUCUGCGGUUGUGGUCGAGAUUCUUCAUCGUGCAAUCAGUUGGAUCCGACGACUGGCUGAUAUGCGUUGCUGCUUUACUGUCCUGGGCUUUUAUAGGCUGUACCCUCGCCGCCGUCCAACAUGGCAUGGGCCAGCACUACGACGCCGUUGAGAAGCUCGGUACCGAGAACUUGGUAACAUACUCCCAGAUCGUGUGGCUGUCGUCCAUCUUCUACAACGCUUGCCUCGGCUUCAUCAAGAUCUCUGUUCUUGCCUUGUACAAGCGCCUUGGGGAUGCACGACUGACGAAGUUGUCCAUGAUCAUGAUUGGCGUGAUCUGUUGCCAGGCUGGUGGGAAUGUCCUGGCCUGCAUCUUUCAGUGCGCGCCUGUCCAAGCGGCGUACGACAUUACUGUCCCGAAAGAAGACAAAAAAUGCAUCAACAUCAACGCCUUCUACCUCGCGAAUGCGGCCGUCAACAUCCUCACUGAUGUGAUGACAUAUACCUUGCCGGUUCCCUUGAUCAUCAAGAUCCAGCUGCCUCGGCGUCAGAAGAUUGGACUCGGGGUGAUCCUCAGCCUCGGACUCUUUGCCUGCGUCUCGUCCAUUGUGCGCAUCACCUACGUUCCUCCGAUGCUGACCUCCAAGGACGCGACUUGGGUCAUCUCGGGGGCCAUGUACUGGUCGGUCAUCGAGACCAACGUCGGCAUCCUGGCAUCCUCGAUCCCGUCCUUCAAGACCAUCGCCACGCGGUACGCACCCAAGCUUCUCGGAAGCUCGCACAAGUCGGGCAGCAAGCGAUCCGGCUUCAAGAUGAUGAACAUGGGCUCGAGCGGCAAGCGUGGCUACGCAGGCGGGACCGUCAACGACCACGGCGUCGCCAAACCUCGCUUGGAGACGACCGUGGGACACGGAUAUUCGGGCGAGAACAGCGAAGAGGACUUGGUAGACUACACGGGGCACAUUAAGGUCACCACCGAAAUCACCCACACGGGGGACGACCUCGGGAGGCGGGUGUAG